AUGAGCCAUGUCAGCCCUCGCUGCCGCAACGGCGUCCUUGACCCGCCGCAGAAUUCGAAACGGAUGCUGCAACCGCAAAGGGGUACCCGCCCCAAGGACGUCGGACUCGAUCGCCUCUCCGCCAAUCCACUUCGUCCCUCGACUCGCUUCUCCACGCGAGGCCGCUCAAGCCUGCGUCUCGGCUGGACUGCCCGAGGGCACCCUGGCACCCUCCAAGGGCCACGCCCCUCGACGAGGCUUCCUCGACGGCGACGGAAACCCCAUCUAGUAUAUGGAACCGUUGGUGCCGUGGACCUCGAUUGCCGCCUGCAACCUCCCCUUUGGCCUUGUCUGCUCUCCACCGCCUCGCCGUUCUUGGUCAAUGUCGAUCAAUGGCCGCCCGCCUCGAUGGCAACAUCCGCCGCCGCCGCCGCCGCCGCCGCCGGGAGACGGAUGAAGAUUGUGGAACUAUACGGCAGCCAUCUGGCGAUGGCCAUCCUCCCACCGUGGCUGUCCGGAUCCGUGCCGCCCGAACGAUUGCUCAACGUCCCCUGA